GUCAUUUCAAAACCCUCCGGUUCCUCCCGAUGGUGGGCGCCCUUUACAGCCUUGUUCUUCAUCCAUCUCCAAAUGGCCUCUUCGAGGGUAAUUUCCAGAUCAUACUCUAGAUUACAAACUGUUGCUGCAAAACUCAACAAGAAUUCCUCAACCUCUAUCCAAUCUUCACCCUUCAAAAGUGCCUCUGAAUCCUCUGUCAAUAAGCGCUUCUCUAUCGUCUCAAGGUUACCCGUGGAAUUGAGUUGCGUGGAGACGAUGAUACCGUUGCACAGUGCAAUAGCAUCUGCUCGUUUGAAGUCAAGCUUGUCGAUUGAGUCGCAGAAAUGGGGUUUAGUUCCUCAAGGCAUCUCAAUGCCUUUAUAACAGCAUUUCAGGUCCGGUCAUUGUGGGGCUCAUUUCCGAUGGAUAAGAAUUUAGGUUACAGUUCUCUUUGCUGACUUACAAUGCUCCAAAACCUUCAAAUGUUUUUGUGAACUUACAAUAACAUGUGCCUGGAUGGAGGUUGCUUAUUUAUCUUGUUAAUUUCUACAUUUGUUUGUUUUAUAUUUUUGUAUUACGAAUUCCCUCCAAGAAGUUACAGUGAAGGUUAGCGUGGAAAAAAUUGUGGAAUUACUUUAUGUCUCUUCAAAAUGCUGUUAUUAUUAAUGAUGUUAUCAGGACCUUUACUCUAUAGAAAUCUGUGGUAGCUCAACUGCAUGCCAAUAAGGCCUAUCUUUGCUCAUUUGUUGUCACUAACGGUGUCAUUAACUGACUUAUGAUGUAAAAUCUAUCCCAUAAGAAUUUGCAGUUGUAUCUAUAAAUUAUUUCUGUUUUGCA